AUGAGGUGUUCUCGGCACCUGCGGACAGAGUUGGGCCUGGCUGUGGCUCUGGGCACCUUCACCCUCCUCCUUCUCUCAAUCUGCAGGUCACCACCCACCUGCCCAGGCCUGAAGGAGCCACCGGGCACCCCCGUGGCUCUGGUCUGGCCCUCGCCACCCUCCCACCCACCGCCCGCCCCCUGCCUGGCCAACUCCUCCAUGGCCGCCCUGCCGGACUUCGCCAGGCAGCCGCAGCACAUCUGCAACUUCCUGCUGUACAAACACUGCCGCGACGUCGUGCUGCUCCAGGACGUGCCGCCUGACAAGUGCGUGCAGCCAGUCUUUCUGCUGCUGGUGAUCAAGUCCUCUCCCAGCAAUUACGAGCACCGGGAGCUGGUGUGGCUCAGGUGGGGCCGUGAGCGCCAGGUGCACGGCGUCCAGCUGCGCCGCCUCUUCCUCGUGGGCACGGACCCCAACCCGCCGGAGACGCACAAGGUCAACCGGCUGUAGGCCAUGGAGGCGCGGAUGCACGGUGACAUCCUGCAGUGGGAUUUCUACGACUCAUUCUUCAACCUCACGCUCAAACAGGUGCUCUUCCUACAGUGGCAGAAGACACGGUGCACUGCCAGUUUUACGCUCAACUGGGAUGAUGACGUCUUUGCCCACCCAGACAACGUGGUCACCUACCUUCAGGGUGACAACCCUGACCACCACCUCUCUGUGGGGCAGUUGACCCACAGUGUGUGCCCCGUCCGCCUUCCCUGGAGCAAGUACUGUGUGCCGAAGGUGGUGACAGAGGAGGAACACUACCCGCCCUACUGCAGGGGUGGUGGCUUCCUACUGUCCCGCUUCACAGCCACCACCCUGUGCCACACCCCCGCCCUGGACCUCUUCCCCAUUGAUGAUGUCUUCCUGGGCAUGUGCCAAAAGCAGGAGGGCUCACACAGUGAUAUCCUCACGGCCGGUGUUCAGGCCCCCUCCAGCCGCCUGUCCUCCUUCGACCCCUGCUUCUACCGAGAGCUGCCGCUGGUGCACCGCUUCCUGCCCUACGAGAUGCUGCUCAUGUGGGACGUGCUGAACCAGCCCAACCUCACCUGUGACAAGUGGACACAGAUCUACACAGAGGAAAGAGUGCUACUCCCCUGCUGCACCGUGUUGAAUAGCAUCUCACAAAAGUUCCCAUCCACCUGGCACCUCAGAAUAUGGCCUUAUUUGGAAAUAGAGUCUUUGCAGAUGUAAUUAAGGUAAGGAUCAAGCUAGGAUCAUCCUGGAUUAGGGUGGGCUCUGAAUCCAAUGAGAGUGCUUUUAGAAGAGACAGAAAUGAACACACAGAAAGACAUGGAAAAGGAGACGAUGUGAAAAUGGGGGCAGAGCUUGGAGUGACGCACCUACAAGCCAAGAAUUGCCAGUAACCCCCCCAGAGUUGAGAGAGGCAGGGGGACAGAAUCUUCCUCAGAGCCCUUCAAAAAGAAUCAACCCUGCCAACACCUUGAUUUCUGACUUCUGACCUCUAAAACUGGGAGGGAAUAAGUUUCUACUGUUUUAAGUCACCCAGUCUGUGGCUGUUCCAGCAGCCUUAGGAAACUAAUACACAUGUGAACAGAUCACAUAGUCAAAUGCCCGAGCAUUUUUUUCAAGAGGGUGAAAUACAGUUCCUAUCUCAGGAUGAAAGGAGGGUGCAAGUGAAAAGAAUGGUGAGAGUUGGAUCACUAAAUAGCCACUGUGAGGGAAAUUCCCUGGCAGUCCAGUGGUUAGGACUCCACGCUUCCAUUGCACGUGGCAUGGGUUCAAACCCCGGUCAGGGAACUACGGUUCCACAAGCCCCACAGCACCACCAAAAAAAAAAAAAAAAGUCCACUGUGACUCAUUCAGACAUUCAUGUGUUGUGUUGGACGUUCAGUGAGGUUAAGGCCCCCCGUGAGCCAUGACAGAGACCUGGAUUUGAAUCCUGAACUUGACCAUUCCCUCCCUGUCUGACCUUGGCAAACAGCCAGCUCCCUUGGCCUCAGUUUCCCCACUUUUUAUUGUGAUGAUUCUCCAAUCGUUAUUAAGUUUCUGGAAGUGUUGGUGGGUCCACGGCUGCCAGAGGACAAUUCCACACAAAGGCUGACCCAGGCUUGUGCCUUUUUCUUGAGAAAAUGCAAAAAGUUUCUUCAGAUUCUGUAGGCAUCUUAUUUAUUUACUAUUGAUAAGACAGCAAGAGGGGUGUCAAAUGCAGGGAGCGGGGUAACUGGGGCUCCUCUGAGGUGAGAACAUUUGAGAACAGGUGUCUGGCAUCUCCACGAAACCAAGGAUCCUCCAAGCCAGGUUUGGGAUCCGGUGUUUUCCUCAGUUGGCCCCCCAGAGGACAGGUGGCCUCGGUGAGGUGGUGAGCGCCUUGUCCUAGGAGGUAAUCAACAAAGUCCCCCCCAGACAUGGGGCUUCAUGGUGCUGUGUGGCAUUAGGAGUUCACCAGACCGGACCCCUGUGGGUCUCGGGCUUCCCCAAGGCCACACCCCAGGAGGGUUCAGUGGGGACAGAGGGUCAGCAGGUCUUGCCGGGUGCAGCCACUGAGGCAGCAGUGACGGACAGGGUUGGUGGCAGCUGCCCGGUGGCGGCGGUGGUGGUGAUGGCGAGAGGCCUGGGGCAGGGGCUGUGGGGCGAGUACCAGCACGGGGUCCUCACUAGCCAUCAGCCCAUGGAGGAGAUGUUGUCCUUCCAGCCACUGUAGCAGCUCACCUGGGGACAGGGAGGAAUUCAGCAUAGAGGGGGGACCCCAGAGGACCCCACUCACACUGCACACACAGCCUCCACUCAUCAUGCACAGAAACAGAAAGUAAACAUUUAUUGAGUGCCCAGUGUAUACCAGGCACAGAUUGAAUCCCCCAUCCGGAUGUGUGCAGUCUCCACCCACACCACACUUAAGUCCCCAGCUAUGCACACUCCCACGUGUCACCUAUGGUAAGAAGGCACAGACACUUCACAGAGCAGAUGACAGAAGGGGUGACAUACGACGUACACAUGUACACACAGAUGCAGGCGCACAGCCUCCUAGCCCCUCCCACUUCCCUGCGCACCUCUGCACACCCAUCUGUACCCGUGUCACACACACAGGACACACACGCAUGUGACAGACGUUGUACACAAAGCUGUUUGAUACUCCCUGCACCAGGGCCGGGACUAGGGUGAAGAGAGCCAGGCUCGGGCCUGGAGCCCACGAUUUUCAGGGGGCGCCAAAAAACCUCAACAACCAAGAUCAAACAUACUGUCACGGAAUAUUUUAAAAUUAAAAUGCAUGCAGAAAUUCCUGAAGAUCAAAAUAUUGAAACUGUAAAUAAAGGCAGGAUCUGAUCUGGCUACGCACUUGUUCAGACUCGCUCAUGUCGCUCGCCUCGCACUGAUUCCCGCUCCUGGCGGGGGCGCAUCCCCCGUGGACUUGCACACACCCGCGCAGCCGGCAGGUGGACCCCAGAACAUGCAUGCAAACCCGUCUGCAUGCACCUGCCCCACGCCCGGCCCCAGAGACCUCACAGCACAGUCCUCGCCCGCCCCUACUCACGGUCGCCGCCAGCCACAGGUCGCCCAUCCUCGGAGGACCAGCGCGGGCCCCCGCACAGCCGCACCAACGCGCGCACGAUGUGGUGGCCGCACAGCUUCUCGGGUGAUUCCUGGGCGAGGGCAGGGCCUAGGGCGAGCGCCAAGGCCGGGCCCAGCAGCACCAGCGCCCAGGUGAGCCGACGGGGGUCCAUGGCUGCGGGAGGCACCGGGCCCCAGCGGGGAUCCCCCUUAUAGGCGCUGGCCCGCCCCAGCUGGGAGCCUUGGAGGGGGAAAGAGCAUUCCUGCAGGAUGGUCCAGGCAGAAGGUCAAGGGCAGGGUCAGGGCAAGCAUACUGGAGCCCCUGAUAGUUGGGUUUCCUUUUUUUUAUGAUAUGAGUGCCUGACAACGUUUGAUUGCGGAGGCAUUGGCUUCAUAGAUGGCUCCCCAAUAAAUGUGACUAGGUAAAGGGCCAGGCCACCUCCUCCCGCUGAGGCACCUUUGUUUUACACAUCUCAGCUGAUUGCAGUCACUGACCACUUGGGCCACUUGGUUGCUUGUUUUGUUCUCUCUUCUUAUGCUUUAAAUUCCAACCUAUGUUAAAUUCACCAAUAAAGAGUGAGCCCACGAACUCUUAGGCUCCCACCCUUGACCCCAAGGGAAAGCAGGACCCCAGACCCACACUGCUCUCUCUACCCAGGACCUUGUUCUGUGGCCCCGGGAGUGCUGUGUAAUUUCCAGGUGUGCUGUGUAAUUUAUAAGUAAUAAACCUUUAUUUUCUCAAAGUU